GAGCCGGAAGAGUUCCCGACCGAACAGAUAGACUUCGGGAAGCCUGAGCUUGCCGGGCGCCGCGAUGGCUGCGGAGCCUUGGUUGUUGUUGUAUGAUUCUGCUUGCCAUAUUGCACAAGAGAUCGCUGAAAAAAUUCAAGAACGUAACAGAUAUCAGAGGAGUGGUGAAAGUACAACAAAGGCCAGUGUUGGAGUCAGGUCUUUAUUGCAAAAUCUUGAAGAAAAAACAAAUCGUCUGAAAGACCUGUUGCUUCACUCUGUAUCAACACGUCAGAUAACCCAGAUCGAAGGAGAAAGACGGCAAAUUUUAGUAGAUGAACUUUUCACAGCACACAGAAAACUCCAAGCAUCUUUCCAAAAUGAAAACGCAGAACCUGAUGUAAUAAGGUCUAGCCUAAUGGCAGGCGGGGUCAGAAGAGAAAUAACAAAUCCAUGGCUUGUGGAGGAGCCUGAGGAAACGAAAGGGCUUGACUUCCAUGAUAUCCGACAGCAACAACAGAGAAUUAUAGAAGAGCAAGAUGCUGGUCUUGAUGCACUCUCUUCAAUCUUAUCUCGCCAAAAACAAAUGGGACAGGAAAUUGGAAAUGAAUUAGAGGAACAGAAUGAAAUCAUUGAUGAUCUUGCCAAUUUAGUAGAAAAUACUGACGACAACCUACGCAGACAAACCAAAAAUGUCUUGAGGGUGGAGAAAAAGUCAACCUCCUGUGGGAUGAUGGUGGUGAUCGUAUUAUUGCUGAUUGCUAUUGUGGUUGUUGCUGUGUGGCCUACAAAGUAAUCAGAGAUUAUCUCAUUUUGCAACUAAGUAUUAAUAGUCAUCUAUAGCAAGGACAACCCCACUUUGUUGUUGGCACUGUCCAUGGAUAUAGCUGUUCUCACUCCACUACAAGAGACAGAUCUAUGCCUGAGCUGCAUAAAGAUUUUACAAAAUUCUGUAUAAAACUUUGUAUACUCAAGAACAUAAUUGGAAAAGAAAUGACUCAUCUGAAUAAACUUCAAGGCAUAAAUUGAAAUUAAUUUCAAAGAAAUACUUCGUCUAUAAAUGCUUCUAAUAGUACUAAGUGGAACUUUCUCUUAAUCUCUGCAGUGUCUAAUUAAAAUAUUAGCAUUUUCUUUUUAACAUUAGUUCUUUAUUGCUGAAAUAAAUGGUUCUUCCUGAGAGAAUGUCAAAGAUUCAAGAGAAACUACCAUUUUUGAAGAGUGAACAUCUUUCAAAUAAAUAAAAAAUCUACAAAAUCUU